CCCUCUCCCAGCAGUGACCCGUCUCCUCCGCGGGCCGGCACCAGCGCCAUGGCGUCCGUCAGCUCGUCCUCCACCUAUCGCUCGGAGCGGAUCAGCACCUACAGCCAGAACGCCCCCCCGGCCGAGCCCUGCUUCGAGCCCCGGGGAUGCUUUGGAGAGGAGGGGGACAGGAGCUCCCUGCGCCACGGCCCCUUCGCCACGCGGGCCCGUGACUCUUAUGGAUACACAGGAUCCCCGGGGUCCAUGCGCCCCUGCAGCCUGGGCAGCAACGUGCGAGCCGGGGGCGACACGUACCAGGUGACGGCCGACGUGAGCCAGUUUGAGCCGCAGGACGUGGUGGUGACCACGUACAACUACCACAUCAUCAUCCAGGCCGAGAAGGUGGCAGAGGACGGCACCGUCUCCAACACGUUCACCCACAAGUGCCAGCUCCCCGAGGACAUGGACCCCAUGUCUGUCAGCUGCGCCCUCACCGACGCAGGCCUGCUGGUCAUCAACGCCAAGCGCGGCACGGCUGCCAAGGCGGGCGAGACACCCCCACCGCUGUACCGCACCGAGGUCAAGCUGUGACACCCUUGGGCAGAGCUGUGCCACCCCCCCUCCACACCUGAGGCAUGAGCCGGGCAGCUGCCCACCACCCCUCCCUCCCCAGGGCUCCUGGGAGCUCACCCUGGCACAUGUGCGCUGCUAGUUGGGGCCACAUGUGUGUUGAGGGCAGGGGCAGCCUGUCGGGUCCCAGCAUGCACUGCGGUAAGGCAGGCUGGCCCAAUAAGGGGCAAUGCAUGCUGGGCCCGCUAGCGCCCUGGGUCUGCCCAGCUGCGGGGCUGGGUACGCGAGCUGUUCCUGGAGCGCUAAGGGCUGCCCUGGGCCAGUCACUCACCCCAGCCCCUCGCUGCACGGGGGUCCCUGGGCCUGCCUGCCGCCCUGUGGGGCUCCCAGCACCUGGCUGGUGUCUCACCCCCACUCCUGUUUGGAAUAAAGGUUUCUCCCACCCAA